UUUCCCGUGAUUCCUCCGUGGACGUCGGAAAUGAGAGUCGGCAGUCCGUCACUAGCAUCUCCUCGUAUUCGACAUCAUCGAGAAGAUAUGAAAUCGUCGGCCAACGAUCAAUUGACUCGCGCGCCAGCAUCACGAGCCUCUGGUCCUCGGACAUGUCGAGGAGGGACUCUGAAGCGAUACCCGAGCACGAGAUUGAUUCGAGCGACUCACGAGGCUCGUUUGCUUCGGCGGGUAGUUUGAUUUCUUCGGACGGAUCGAGGAGGUACUCCGACAUCGUCGGAAAGAGGAGGAGGUCUUCUGCGAGGUCUUCGCAAGUGAGACGGUACACGAGGAGGGUUCCUCUGAGCUACGAUCGGCGGAGAACGACAGGAAGUUUCGAUGUUGAAAAUGGAGCAAGUCCUGGCAGAAGUCCUCUUGAUGGGGCCGCCUCUCCAUCAGCUGGGUUGGUUCUGCAGAAUCUCCCGCAAAGAAGAGAGAGUUUUUUGUACAGAUCCGAUAGCGACUUUGAGAUGUCUCCGAAAUCCAUGUCUAGGAAUUCCUCCAUAGCGAGUGAAAG